UUGCCGACACGUCAGAUAUAUGUGGUCCAAUGAAAAGCAGCCACGAUUGGGAAGUCCCCGAGCAUUGGGAACGUGUUGUUCACGCUUAUUAUUAAAAUACAAUAACACUUAUAUCUAAUGCUGUAACCUGUGAUUUACAACGAUACAAGAUGAUUGGGGUACAAGUGACCGUGUGUGUCUCGGUAACACUAUUAGUAUCAGCAGUAUCUGCUUUAUAUAGUAGUAGUGAUGAUGUCAUAGAACUCACUCCUUCUAAUUUUAAUCAGAAAGUUAUCAAUGGUGAUGAAUUAUGGCUGGUUGAAUUUUAUGCACCUUGGUGUGGUCAUUGUAAAAGUUUAGCACCAGAAUGGAAGAAAGCUGCUACUGCUCUUAAGGGCGUUGUUAAAAUAGGAGCAGUAGAUGCAGAUCAGCAUAACAGCCUAGGAGGGCAGUAUGGUGUCCGAGGUUUCCCUACUAUUAAAAUAUUUGGUGCUAAUAAAAAUAGCCCACAAGAUUAUAAUGGAGCAAGAAAUGCACAGGGUAUUGUUGAUUCUGCCAUGUCAACACUGAAAUCAAUGGUCAGUGGUAGAUUGAGUGGUAAAAGUUCUGGCGGAGGAGGUGGAAAGAAGAGUGGUGGAGGUGGUGGUAAGGCUGGAGACCCUGCUGAUGUCAUCACUUUAACAGACGCCAACUUUGAAGAGAAAGUACUGAAGAGUAAUGACCCAUGGAUUGUUGAAUUUUAUGCCCCUUGGUGUGGACAUUGUAAAAAUCUAGAGCCACAUUGGGCAUCAGCUGCUACGGAAUUGAAGGGAAGAGUGAAAUUUGGUGCCUUAGAUGCUACUCAACAUACAGUCAUGUCUAGUAGAUAUAAUGUACGUGGUUUCCCUACUAUUAAAUUUUUCCCUGCUGGCACGAAAGGUGAUGCUGAAGAAUAUGAUGGAGGUAGAACAUCAUCUGACAUUGUCAGCUGGCUGGACGAAAAAGUUGCUUCCAAUGUUCCACCACCAGAAGUGGUUCAGGCCAUAGAAGAGAAUUCAUUGGUGGACAAUUGUGAUGAGAAACAGCUAUGUGUAAUUUCUAUUUUACCACAUAUCUUAGAUUGUCAGUCUGAAUGUCGUAAUAAAUAUAUUAAAAUACUUAAAACACUAGGAGAAAGAUUCAAGAAAAAUAAAUGGGGUUGGCUUUGGGCUGAAGCUGGUGCACAGCCAAGUUUAGAAGAUGGUCUGGGUAUUGGAGGCUUUGGUUAUCCAGCAAUGGCAGCUUUAAAUAUUAGAAAAAAGAAAUAUUCUUUGUUAAAAGGACCAUAUAGUGAAACUGGUAUUGGUGAAUUUUUACGUGAUUUAUCUUUUGGUAAAGGUGAAUCUGCCCCUUUAAAAAAUGCUGCUCUGCCAAAUUUAGUUAAAACUGAGAAAUGGGAUGGCAAAGAUGGAGUGUUGGAAGUAGAAGAAGAAAUUGAUCUUAGUGAUGUAGAACUGGAUGAUCUUGAUUCAACUAAAGAAGAAUUAUAAGUCUAGAUAAUAGUUGUAUAUUUAUAUGGGUAUAAAUGAAAGUGUGAAUGCAGUGUAACUGAUAAAUCAUGGGUAUGAAAGAAGUAUAUCUGACUUGUACAAUGUCAUAUCUUCUUUCAUUGAAAUACAUAGAGCAAACUAUGUUAGGCCGCCUAAAGAUAAUUAUAGGAUUCUUAGAUAAUUUCUUUACGAAGAGGGCAGUGAAGGAUAGGAACCCGUUUUGUCUGGUAUAGGGGAAUAAUUUGGCACCAUGUUUUUUUUUUCUGAUAUUUUUGGAUUACCUCAAAUUGUAAUAUUUAAACCUUAAAAAACUCAACUUCUCUUUAGGUAUGACUCCUGUCAGUGUUUUUUCAAAAUUCUGAUAAAAUCAAUCUAGUGCUGGUGUUUGAGAAUCACAUAGUUUUUCUUUUAGAUGGCCUAAAUCAUUAUCAAAUUGUCUUGUAUCCCGUUUUGACAGGUUGUCAUCCUUAAGAAAAUGUGCACUUUUGUAUUUAAAAUGCAAUAAAAAAACACACAAUAUAUUACAAGACUGUUUACAUUAAGAUUUAAAACUCACACAAAAUAAAUAUUCAUAAAUCGUCUAAUCCCAACACACUUGAAUGAAAAAAAACCCCAACAUUUAUUCGUAUAGAAAGUGUAAUUAAUAGAUUUGAUUUUAUUAACAAGAUAAUUUUAGAAGUUAUUGGUAUGUUCAGCUUGUUUCACAUCAAAAUUGUUCAAUUUUUGUUUAUUUUAAUUGUUAUUUUAAGUUUGUUUAAUGUGUCUUAAAUUAGAUUAAUAGAUGGUUAUUUACCCUAAAGUUGUAUUUACAUGGAUUUGUAUUUUUCACAUCAUGUCAUCAAUACACAUGAGUUGAGAGAAUUAACUGGACAGGACCACAAGUAUGUCGAAUGUACAUAAAAUAUAAGUGCUUGCAAUUUGUAAUGUUGAUAGUGUAUGAUUUCCUCUUGCAAAUUUAAGUUCUUAAAUUUAUUUAGUGGUUAUUGAGAUUUAAAUAUUGAUCAUUUGGUCAAAAUGGCAUGAAAUCUCUAUAUACAAUGUCACAGAUAAUAAUCUUACCUUUUUUAAUUGGUUGAGAGGAUAAAUGACCUUCACCUUGUGUUGACCGAAGGUAUGUUAACUGGGUUUCAUCCUUGAUAUGAAGGACAAUGAUGGUAAUUUUAAACUUUUAGGGUAAAUUGACUAUUAGAUCAGUCCUGAAUCUGUGAAAAUCCCCCAACCCCUACUGCUGUAUUUGCUUACAAUUUAUAAGAUUUUGGUUAUACUUUCUUUUAUCUUGUGUAGUUUUAGUGCUGGAAUCUGUGCUCAGUUAUGGAAAUAUUUUUGUUAUAUUAUGUUGAUGUAUUAAUAAGGGAACAAAUAAAAUGUUUUUCAUUUUUUUCUCCAAACAAGGUAUUGUUUUCCCUACAUUUAUUCUGCAGGUCACCCUAAAGAUAUGUUUAAGAAAAGCUUAUUGUCUGCCUUGAACCACAGCAUAAUAAUAAUACAUUCAACUUGAUUUAAGAAAGUCAAUCCAAUGUCUUGAAUCGACAAUAAAAGGCUUUCAAAAUAUUUUACAGAAUUUUCUGUAUUACAUGUGCCAAUUGUUAUUUUCACAUAACUGAGUGUGCUCUACAAAGAAAUUUUUUAAAGGAGCUAAAUCACUAUUUUUUGGCAGCUAGAAUGGGCCGCAAUGCAUAAUAAUGUAAAAUGAAUGUAUAUAAACUGAUUAAUAUUCAA